CGUGUCUGAGCUGAGGAGUAUACUGCAGCAGAAGGAGAGCAGCGCAGGGGACAAAAUGAAGCUACUGAACCAGCGACUGAACGAUGCUCUGACAGUGGCUGCUCUGCAAACAGGUGUCUCUCUCCUGACUCGUCUGAAGUCCUGUUUGUUUGAGAGCGGAGUUUUAUCUCAGUGUGUCUCUUUACUGGAGCCCAGACACAUCAAAGGAGACGUGAACGCAGCUGCUACGCUCACUCAGAUACUCAGCUCCUGUUGUGCGGGGGUGGAACCUGGGGACCAAUCUAAGGCAUUUGAUAGGCUGUUCCUGCCAUCAGUCAUAAACGCUCUGCUCUUAUUGGCUGCUCGCCUCAUGAAGGAGGCAGAGAGGCUGCAUCUAUUGAAGAAGGUUCUGGACUCUGUGGGCUGGUUACUGCAGACGUACCCACAUCUGACCACACAAGUGCUGAGCUCCGUUUAUUACGAGCAGCUACAGAUGUGUGAGGAGGCGUCUGUGUCUCUCCUCUGUGUUCAGCUUUGGACUCACACCUGCUCCUCAUCCAGGGACUUUGUGAGCGGUUUGUCCGAUGACACUGUCAUUCUGCUGCUCAAUGACAUCGUCAGCCAAUUAGCCGUCAGCUCUGAAGCACAGGUGGGUGGGGCUUCUGUCAGACUCCUGCUGCUGUUUGCUCAUCAGCUGAGAACCCGCCUCCCGCCGCUGUUCCGGGCUUUCAGAGGUUUGGACAGUCUCCUGAGCAAAGACUGGAGGGGGCGGGGCUAUGACCAGGAAGUGGAUCAGCUGAUCAAAAUUAUCCAGUCGAGUGAGAGCUCGGAUGACAUUGAGCGCGUGCGAGCAGCCUGUGUGAUCCAAGCGGCCUGGAGGUCCCAUAAAACUAGAAGAAGAGUCAAGAACCUCAACAGAGCUGUGAGCACUUUACAGAGAAAGUACAGGGCUCGGAGGCAGCAACAGCAGAAACAGCAGGAGGCUCAGCUCUGCGAGGAGAUGCUACGGUACCAGGUGAAUUUAAGGCGGCAGCAGGCCAGAAGAAAGUUCCACCUUAAACAGAGACAGCUGCUGCAGCUCCUGCCUCCAGAUCAGGUGAGCUCUUACCUGUUAGAGUGUGAGCGUCGUGCCGCCCUCCUGAUCCAGACUCAGUGGAGAGGCUUCAGAGAGAGAAAGAGGUUCAGAUGCAGCAAAGAGAGAGAGAAGACCCGACGCACAGAGCAGAGAGCAGCGGUCAUAAUACAGAAAGCGGUGCGUCAGUUCCUUGAUCACCGUCGAGCCGCCAAAGUCCCGCCCUCCUCCUUCUGGACUGGUCAGAAGGGUUUGACAGACAGGCAGAGGGCAGAACUGAAGACGCAGGUGGACAAUUACAUCACUUUACACCCGUCCUCUUGUGUGUCUCUGGAGGAGUGUCUCUGUCUCCAUGAGGAGGUGCAGAGUCUCUGGGUCUCAGAAUCUGAGGCUGUGGUUCAGAGGAGACGACAAGAGCAGAGGAUCCAGGUUCUACUGGCUCACACCAAAACACAGCUCACCAUGCUAAGAGAAGCCCCGGGCCUCUCCUCCGUCUCACUCUUGGAGGCAGAGUCUUACCUUAGCCCCUCACCUUCUAUUGUGGCUCAGGCCAGAGACUCCCACAAUUCACUGCUGCAGUCUGACCGCUCUCCCUGGUGGAGAACCCUGAGUGAAGUCCCCUCAGGCCACGCCCCUCUAGAGGAGCUGGAGGCGGAGCUCAGAGGGGGGCUGUGAUUGGUUUAUUCUUGAAUUUCACCUUCCUGGUGACCUUUU